UCACAUUGCAGAAGAGACUUGCAGAUGUAAUAACUUUCCAUGAAGGAUUGAAACUAAAAUUUCCGAAAUUAGAAUGUAGGAUGACACCCAAGGAGGCUACAUUGGUUUGUGGAAUUUCAGUUCAAGUACAUUGGUUGACGUUUUCUCGAUCUAAGCUUGUUGGGGAAUACAGAUGCACUGAGUUUAUGUGACGGGAUAGAUAAAAAGGUAAACCUCUUCUUUAGUUUUAACAGUGCUGAAGUUCGUCUUGCUGAAUUCCCCUAACUGUUUCUAGAAGCUGAUGGGGUCUCAAGCAGAACAGCACUUAACUUAAGCUCACUGUAUUUGCCAAAAGAAACCAAGUUGGUGAGACACAGGCUAUCCUAAACAACCACGUUAUACAUGAAUGUAACGAGUUAUACCAUGCAGACAAGGAAUCUUAAGGAUUGCAAUUGCCCGGAAAACMAAACAAAACCGAACAACCCGCCAGCCAUUGGUCAAGAUGACACUGACGUCUUUGAUAAUCCUGUYAUAAUAGCUGUGAUGGCAACAGUGGGAUUCCUAGCCUUGUUGACUGUCAUCGUAUCUGUUUGGUCAAUACGAAGAUGCUACUUGAACAACAAAACCCGAAAAUCCUGGGAUAUACCGGAGGCCGUGAAGGAAGAAGAAAAAUCGACAACGCUAGAAAGAACCCCAACCUUCUCUGUUACUCGGAUAGAUAUGUAUGGGGGGUCACUGAAGGAUUUGAGGCACGACAAUGAGAGUAGAGAAGUAAGGGUAUUAGUGAAGAGAGACCUUCAUUCGGCGUAUAGCCACACGUUUCUCCACCGUGGUGACCAUAACAACACCAUCAUCAAUAGUCUGUCUGCCACCUGGAGCAUACAGACUCUUCCUCAACCAAAACACCCUGGAGAGGUCGUCAUAUCCAAGUCUACAGAAAAUCCCCUAUAUGCAAGGCCAGUAAUAAAAGCUAAAAGGAGUGCCAGCAUUAAUGCUCUUUAUGAAAGUGCUGAUGAUAUACGUUCAAGGACCAUGGACUUCAGGCCGUUCUACUAUUCAAGGGAAAAUCUUGAGCCUAAAACAGAAAGCCCUGUAUAUGAGAGAAUCAUUGAUUACCAGAAGAAACCUGGCGCUCACUCUCUGGGCAAGAAUACCUUGUAGAACUGUAAUGAAAAGGACAAGGCUAGACAGCCACCACCACCACCAACAGCAGCAGCAAUCAUCGUCAUCUCAUGUUUAUUCAACAUUCUAUCAUCAUCAUCAGCUGCAGCAAUAUUAUCAUUAGCCAUCAUACCAUACCAUACCACCACCACCAUCGUUAUUGGCAUCAUAGUUAGUCGUAAUCAGCUACAAUCAUCAUCAUCAUUGUUCUCAGACUUUAUUCACUAUUCCAUACCAUACCACCACCACCAUAAUCACCAUAAUUAGUCAUCAUAUUCCAUAACAUCUUCAUCAGUCAUCAUCAUCAUCAUCAUCAAUCAUCAUCAUCAUCAGAUACAAUGGCAAUACCAUUGUCAAUAUCAAAGUCCACCUUCACUUCAGCUGACAUUUUCUCAUAUUCUCAGUUUCUUAAGUCAAAGAAAGAAUUUAAUUUGACCCUUUUGGUCAUAACAAAACCUUUUUACAAUAUUAUACACACUGUACAUGUGCCAUAUAUAACGUCCUUAUAUCCAUAUAAAUAUAUCUUACAGGUAAAUUAGUACAUUAUAAAAUUCAAAGGAAAGUACAGCUAUUUCAAAAAAGGUUGAAUACUGAAUACUGCAUACUGAAUAGUGCAUUCCAAGACUGAAGUGCAUUGUGGGUCAUAGUGACAUUGUCUAAAGUAGGAUUAAUAAUUAUUUAUUCUAUUUUUAGUGUAUUCCAUCUGAAACAAUAUACUAACUACAUAUAGAGAUUUAAUUGUUGUACAUUUUUUACUUUUUAUUUCAAAUUAAUGACCUUUGGUCUUGGAAUGCACUAUUCAGUAAGCCAUAUUCAGUGUUCAACCUUUUUUGAAAUAGCUUUAUAAGAAAUGUAGUGAAAAUACUUAUUCCUUAUGACCAGUCCCUUGAUUGACCUAAGCCACAUAAAUAUACCUAUUUACCUUGGGGACUGCAUAAUGUUUACCCAUUUCAUAGCAUGUGUCAUUCUCUAGAGUAUCAUUUCUUCGUUUAACAAUUACGCAUGAGAAGACACAUGAGUAUGGAUACAACCCAAAACAAAGAAUGUCAUUCUCGAGAAUAUGACACAUUGUCUAAAAUAGGAAAACAUUACAACCAAGGUAAAGAGGUUUAUUGCAUUAUAAUGUAAGCAGGAGUUUCCUAUCAUGUCCUUUCUAGUCGAAGAAGCUGACCAGAAGUAGUCUCAAUGCUGAAAUUUAAAUCAAUGAUAAAAUGGUGGCUUUAGAAAAUACCAGUAUAUAUAGAAGAAAUAGGAAACCCAUGCAUGCUGUGUGCAGUUAUAAAGCACACAGGGAUUGCUAGAACACAAGAGAAGUGUUAGGAGAAUCAGUACUAAUCUUAUCUAAGACCUGGAAAUUUUGAAAUGAUAUACCCUUUUCAAAAGGCUUUAAUAAAAAUAACUUUUAUUAUUUA